ACAUAAGUAGCAUUUAAAAUCUCAAUUUAAAUUCGCCAUUUUUGUUGAAUAAGUAUGUCUAUGACUUGUCGAUUAAUUAUAACCUAGCGCCAGGCUUUAGAAAGGCAGGAGAAUCAAUAGGAUUAUUGAAUUUAGUGAAAUAUGGGUUUCAAAGUGUAUAUGAACGAAGGUGAAUGGGAUCAGAUAUGCGAAUGGGUUUUAAAACACAAGGAUAUCGAAACUGGCGGAGAUCUAUUUGGUUUGUGGCUUGAUGAACACACUGCUGUUGUUCAGUUUGUGCUUGGCCCCGGUAAACAUUGUAGUAGGACAACAAUAUCUUUCUUUCAGGAUGUAAACUAUUUGUACAACGCUGGGACUUAUUUGACAACCAAACAGGGUCCUUCUAAUCUUGGUCAGUGGCAUUCCCAUCACAGAAUACAUCUGUUUGAACCAAGCUCUGGAGAUAAGAAUACUGUAUGGAGCAACAUGCCUGGAUUAGGAUUGAAUCGAUAUAUUGUGUUUAUUGCAAAUAUAACCAAUGUUGUAAGAAUUGACUGCUUCUUGUUUCAAAUCAAACAUGGUCGACAACUUCCGGUUAAACAUGGAAAGUUUGAGUUUCUAAGUGGUAACAGUCCUUUGCGUUUGAAUGAGAAUAUUUUGCGAAAUGUCUACGUCGGUGCAGAGAGCUUCAAUCCGAUGACCACGUUUGAAAAAGAAAUGAAAUUUCUACGAAAUAAGAACGCGAGAGACGACCAUGUACCAGGUUACUCUGCGAGACGUGUGGAACAUUAUUUCGGAGAUGUUUCCACUAUGCAAGAAAAACGUAGGAAUAGUUACACCUGUGAGCAUAAAGGUGAACACACUGCAUUUGAAAGCAGAAUUAUCGAAAAAAAGAGUUUUCCGAAAAGUGAACAAAAAAGGGGAAAUUACGACGGAUACACAAAGACAGACCACUAUGAAGAGGAUGAACGAAGCCAGCUCAAAAGGAAUACGCCCAUAAGAAGACUCAAAGAUGCAAACAUAGGACAAGACUUUCAUCAUCACACAAGAACGUCUGUUGGUUCAUCCAAGGUUACCAACAAUCCAGAUGAGAAAGUAUUUCAAAAGCAACCUGGUAGGGCUUGGAAAUCCAAAGGAUCAGAAGAGACGAAGCCGAAACUAUCAGCAGUUUUAUACAAACCCGAUGGCAAGGGAGAAGUAAAGUUUUUAAGAGGAGAUUAUCCAACAGAAAAUAACAGAUAUUCUCCGCCGCCUGGACAUGGGAAUAGGAAUAGAAGGGAGAUACACACAAACCAAUGUGACUACCAACAAAACGCUGUGACUUCAUCAUCAAGAAACAUAAUCCAGAAUCGAGGAGUUUAUACUCCAACUGAGCCAAAAGGCAACAGAAUUAACUCGUUCCCAACAUCAUCCUUUUAUAGAAACGAAAAUGUAAUCCAACAACUCUGGGAUAUAUUUCAGGAGAACUGGAAUCCCCAAAGAAGCAGAGAGAGAAUGCCCAAAGAAAAUGAUCAAGCAAUUGUUCGUCAGCCAGAAUCUUUCUCGAGUGGUCUUGAGAGCACUCGUCGUAAAAGGAAAAGCGGAGAUUAUGAUAAUGUUACUGAACUAUUUCAACCAAAGAGCAGCAAACCAAACCCAUAUGAAAGUAACUCCGUAUCUUACUACAAUCAAGACAAAAGACCGAGCACCCCAUCUGGAACAUUCCCUCACAAAGAGGAUCAACGAGGAACAUUCCAUCACAACGAGGAUCAACGAGGAACAUUCUCUCACAAAGAGGAUCAACGAGGAACAUUCCAUCACAACGAGGAUCAACGAGGAACAUUCUCUCACAAAGAGGAUCACCGAGGAACAUUCCAUCACAACGAGAAUGAAAUAACUGGCGGUAUGAAUUCUGUCAAAACCAAUUCCUGUUUCAAAGUGUAUAUGAACGAAGGUGAACGGGAUCAGAUAUGUGAAUGGGUUUUAAAACAUAAGGAUAUCGAAACUGGCGGAGAUCUAUUUGGUUUGUGGCUUGAUGAACACACUGCUGUUGUUCAGUUUGUGCUUGGCCCUGGUAAUGAUUGUAGAAGGACAGCCACGUCAUUCUUUCAGGACGUGGACUACCUACGCGACGCUGGAACCUUCUUAGCAAAUAAACACGGUCUUUGCAAUGUUGGCCAGUGGCAUUCUCAUCACAGAAUAAAGCUAUUUAAACCAAGUGCCGGAGAUAAAAAAACUGUAUGGAACAAUAUGCCUGGAUUAGGAUUGGAUCGAUAUAUUGUUUUUAUUGCAAAUAUAACCGAUAGAGUGACAAUUAACUGCUUUUUGUUUCAAAUUAAAUAUGGUCAACAACAUCCGGUUAAACAUGGAAAGUUUAAGUUUCUAAGUGGUAACAGUCCUUUGCGUUUGAAUGAGAAUAUUUUGGAAAAUGUCUUCGUCGGAGCUGAAAGCUUCAACCAGUUAACCAGGUACGAAGGAGAAAUGAAAAAUUUCUCACCUGACGCGGAAGCGAAGGAAGGGGCUAGUAAUCAUAAUGAAAGUGAAAGUCCUGCAGAAAAAGGAACACCGAUAAGCUGGCAUGCAAAUACAAACAAAAUAACCCCGAAGCACACGCCAGCCAAAGUUUUGCAUGUAGAAACAACAUCCACGACAAGACUCGCAGACGCCAAAACCUCAGAAACUCCAACAUAUUGGCGUGACAACAAGAAACUAUCAAAAUGCAAUUCCCCGCAGCCUAACUUCACAACAAACCAGCAAGAUACGCAGACACAGAAUCCACCACCGAAACUUGGCAAACCAAAAAUGGUGUCGGUGUCAGCUACAAUUUUACAUGAACCCAAAACUCAAAAAACAGUUAAAGAAACAACAACUGGCCCAGACGCCAAAAUCUCGAAAACUCCAACAUAUUCAGAUAACAAGCAGGGGCUACCAAAACGAAAAUCUUCAGAGAACUCUACAACAACCCAGCAAGAUACACGAACACAUCAAGGGGAGCCUGAAAGAAUAUCACCAAAAAAACGAAAGCAAUCUGAAGAGAUUCGUUCAAUGGGUACUGAGUGUCAAUGGGUGGAUGACGGGCAACCGAAGCCACCUGAUACUUCUCGGCGCUUCAGUGGAACUGAGCGCGUCAAUCAAAACAAUGUGCCUAAGAGUGAAAUGAACUCUAUUUUCGACAAGGACGAAAAGAAAGGCCUCAGUGUUCAUAACGAAAACCAAACAAGCAAUCCUGAAGGUGAUACAACACCAGGAGAUCCAAAAGUAAAGUCUGCUUCAAUUUAUCAUGAUCCCCCAAAACCAAUUAAAGGUCCUGUGCAAAAGACACCCGGGUAUGGUAGUAAUAUACCCAAAGAACGCUGGAAUGAUAAAACUAACAAUAUGACGAGCAACAAAGAGCUGGACAAUCAACGUGACCCUCAAGUCAACAGAAAUAUUGUUACCCUACAAGCUGGUGGAGUCACGCAGACAAUCUCAAAGUCCGAAAGUAUAUCGCUCGAAAACCAGAAAUCCGAAAAGUCUCGUGCAAACUAUGAAGUUAAAUACAUUGGAAGUGUUGAUGAUAACGCCAAUGAAAAUGACGCGCAAGGGAAUAGGCUAAGUACAUAUGAUAAUUUGAUACUUGGAAAGAACGAAACAGUUAGGAGUAUUUGCGCAGACAGUGUCAAUCAUACAUCAACGGAAAUUAACCAAGAAAUAACGAAAGGAAUGCCUAAAACGCCAUCUGCAACCGUCAAAAAUGAAACAGUUGAGAGAGACAUCGAUGCUUCUGAACACGAAUCAGGCAUGAACAAAAUAGAUAAUGAAAUCCACAUUGAAUCCGAAAAAAAACAAUCACAGAAAAGUAGAAAAUCCAUUCGUGAAUUUGGGUCAAAUAAAGACAAAAAAAACAACACAAAGAAGGAAGACACGAGGAAAAAAAAGAAACGAAAAGUUAUGUCGAAAAGCAACCUGGCUUCAAAAAAAAAUGCAAGCAUAGAUGAUGACACGAUAAAAAAUGCAAAUGAUAAAAGUGAAAAGGUUGAAAACCACGGGAAUAACUUAGAUGGAAGAAAAACUAGUGAUGAGGAAAAGAAGGGACAGGUUGAAGAAGGAAGCCAUCGUAAAGAAAGCGAUGAGAAUAAAAGACGUCGAAAUUGUCCCUGUUUCGGUAGACCAUAAAACCAUCACUGAACGAUUCAGAAACAAUUGGACCAGCAAAAGAAGGGAAAGAAGAAAUGGAAGGACGAGAAAAUAAUCUAUCUUUAACAAUUAUGUAAUUAAUUUCUUAUAAUGUAACCCCAAACUAAUGUAACCCUUAACCAUUGUCUGCUUUUUUGCACAGUACCAUACACAUUUAGAAAAUUAUAUAUCUCCAUGAAACACAAACAGCUGUAUGUAGCAGUUUAUACAAUAUAGAUUAUAUAUAUGACAGUUUAACAAAAACCAUAUUUUAAAAAUGGAUCACAUAACAUUCCGCUAAUUAAUAGAAGAUCAUUGUUUGCACCCUCAUAGAUGUUCCUUUUUGCAUGCUGGAUUACAAUACAAUUAUAUUGAAGCACAUCAGUCUAAUAUCUUACUAUAUAUAACCUUAUAAAACCAAUCUGACUUA